CUCCUCUCCCGCAGUCCGUUAGGAGAAUCGCGGUGCGCGCGAGUCCGUGUGUGUGUGUAAAGUUGUUAGCGAUGGCGUCGUGUGCACGCGCUGUGUGGCUCGGGCUGAAGCUGCUGUUUAUCGCGGGCUCGGUGUCGGUAAACUGCGCGAGCCGAAGUGACCUGUUCGACUACGGAGUGCAGUUUGGAGAUCGGACCCUGCAGUCCGGUACCGACCAAACCGGGCAGGUUUACUUGGACCGAGCUGUGUUCUUCUUCAGUGAGAGCUUUGAACAACUUUACGUCAACACCAAUGGCUUUGUCUCCGUGGCUAACCCUCCAGCUCAGGCGGAGUAUUUGGGGAAGAUGCCUGCUAAAUUUGGCAUCAUUGCCGCUUUCCUUGGUGACCUGGACAACAGCGACGGAGUUGGGAACAUUUACUUCAGGCAGGACACCAGUCCAGAAUUGCUGCAGAGGAUUGGUGAACAGAUCAGCCAGGCUUUUCCAGACGAGAGCAAGCUCGAGCCGACUCAUGCCGUCGUUGUGACCUGGGAGAACAUUGCAGCUCAGGGAGAACCGGAGAGAGGAGAUGGAUCUCCUAAAGAAAGAAACACUUUCCAACUUGUCAUAGCGUCUACAGAACUGAACACCUAUGCCAUUCUGCUCUACCCAAAAGACAGCAUGCAUUACUUCUCCACUCCUGUAGGGGGUAAGAGUCGAGUGAGUGAAGCUGGCUUCAGCCAGGGUGAGAUUUUGGGCUGGUUCACGAAUAGUCAGGGCCACUAUUAUCGCAUCCCUUCUAAUGCUGAGAACACUGAUGUCAGAGAACUCACAGAAUUAACAAAUUCCGGCAUGCGUGGUGUAUGGGUUUACAAGAUCGGUUCCUCCUCUUUUUUUAAUAACAUCAUACCUGGCAAAGUCACCUCCACGAGAGACACUGUACUUCCCGAGGAACCUGGUGAAAACGCCGAGCCGCGAUAUUCUGGAAUGGAGUUCACAGAGGGGCUACCUUAUGAAGGAAAAAUAAUCCCAACAGUCAUACGCACACCAGAAAUCAUCAGACCCGAGCCAACUGUACGCGAGGAAAUCGCGAUCCCAGAUGAGUCUCACCUGACGUACAUCCACCAGUCUCCUCAAAGUAACAACCCUCACAAUGUCUACCCGUUACCUCGGGGGCCCAGGCCAGUCAACCCGCCUAUAGUGAUUCUGGAUGAAAGGGAUGAAGACAUCGAUGUUAAUGUGUUUUCUUAUUAUGAGACGUGCGCCAGCAACAGGCACAAGUGUCCUAGUUCUGCAGAAUGCCGAGAUUACAAAACGGGUUACUGCUGCCAUUGUAAGCCUGGCUUUUAUGGUAACGGGAAGGAAUGUAUCGCUGACGGCAAACCGCAGAGGAUGAACGGAAAAGUCAAUGGCAGAAUCUACAUCGGCAGUUCAGGGUCCCCGCUUGAGUUCUCCAACAAUGACUUGCAUUCGUAUGUGGUAGUAAAUGAUGGACGUGCCUAUGUAGCCAUUAGCAGCAUUCCAGACAGUAUUGGCUACUCCCUGCAGCCUCUCUCCUCACUUGGAGGGGUCAUUGGCUGGGCCUUCGCCCUGGAGCAGCCGGGAUUCCAGAACGGUUUCAGCAUUAUUGGAGGGGUUUUCACUCGCCAGGCCGAGGUGACUUUUCAACCAGGCGGUGAAAAACUCACCAUCAACCAGGAGUUCAAAGGAAUCGACGAGCAUGACCACCUGUUGGUGAGCACUCGGCUGGAGGGCAGGAUCCCAGAAAUCCCACCCGGUGCCAGUGUCCAAAUUGACCCCUAUGUCGAGAUCUACCAGUACGCCAGCAACUUGAUCACGUCCUCGUCCACCCGGGAGUACACAGUAAGCCACCCUGAGGGAAAUGUCGAGACCCUGACUUACCUGUGGAGGCAGAGGAUUACAUUCCAAAGCUGCCCGCAUGAUGAGUCCUUCCUCUCUGUACCGCCCAGUCAGCAGCUCAGCGUGGACCAGGUGUUCGUCUUGUACGACUCAGUCAACCAGCUCAUUCGCUAUGCCAUGAGCAACAAGGUCGGCCCAAUCAGUGGAACCCCACAGCAGAACCCGUGUUACACCGGGAGACAUGGAUGCGACACCAAUGCAGUCUGCCACCCUGGUCAGGGAAACCAAUUCACCUGCCACUGUGCUUCAGGCUUCACCGGCGACGGACGCUCCUGCUACGAUAUUGAUGAAUGUGCAGAGAGCCCGUGGAUCUGUGGCUCUAACGCCAUCUGCAAUAAUCAUCCCGGGACUUUCCGCUGCGAGUGUUUGGACGGCUUCCAGUUCGGCGCCGAUGGCCGCACCUGCGUCCAAGUGCACCAAGACAUGGAUCACUGUCAGAGGGGGACACACAACUGUGACGUCGCUGAACGCGCCCUCUGCAGCUACACCGGCGGAUCGUCGUACAUCUGCUCCUGUCUGCCUGGCUUCACGGGAGAUGGCAGAGCAUGCCGGGAUAUCGAUGAGUGCCAAACUUCCCGUUGCCAUAGAGACGCUGUCUGUUACAACACGCAAGGGUCUUUCAGCUGUCAGUGCAAUGCAGGUUUCUACGGUGAUGGCUUCAGCUGUACGGCUGAUUCAGUGCGUGAGAAGACCACAUGUGAGCUGCACAGAGAGUCAGCCCUGGGAGCCACAGCUAACGGUGGACAGGUUUUCUCACUGCCACGCCCAGCAGUGGGCCAAUACGUCCCUACAUGUGACCAGAAUGGAGCAUACACACCUAUGCAGUGCCAUGGUGGCAUCGGCCAGUGCUGGUGCGUGUACCCCAGUGGGGAGGAGAUCUCUGGGACCCGAACCGGCCCGGGCAGCAGACCUUCAUGUACAGAGUUUGUCCCUGUUGGCCCCACCACCAGGCCAGAUGUCAGACCUCCACCUCCAGGAGCUAAUCUUCUAUUUGCCCAGAAUGGCAAAAUUGAUCACAUCCCUCUGGACGGCAACGACAUGAAGAAAGAGGAGACUAAGACCAUGUUGCAUUUACCAGAUAAGGUGGUGAUUGCCGUGGCGUACGACUGCGUGGACAAGAUGGUGUACUGGACCGACAUCACACAGCCAUCCAUCAGCAGAGCCAGCGUCGAGGGAGGCCAGCCCACAGCCGUUAUCACAACAGGUUUAGGAAGUCCUGAAGGAAUAGCGAUCGACCAUCUGUCCCGAAACAUGUACUGGACAGACUCUCUUUUGGACCGGAUCGAGGUGUCUAAGUUGGACGGUCAGUAUCGGCGCGUGCUCUUUGACACAGACCUCGUAAACCCCAGGGCCAUCAUCGCUGACCCUGUCAAUGGGCGUCUGUACUGGUCAGACUGGAACAGAGACGGCCCUAAGAUCGAGAUGUCCAACAUGGACGGUACAGACAGGACUGUACUUGUGAACAAUAACAUCGAACUCCCCAACGGGCUGUCUUUCGAUCCUCAUACCAGGCAGCUGUGCUGGGCAGAUGCAGGUACACGUAAGGUGGAAUGCAUUAACCCGUACAAUCGGCUGAGGAGAAUGGUGCUGGAGGGACUGCAGUACCCCUUUUCCAUCGUCUCCCAUGGAAGAAACCUUUACUACACAGACUGGAGAAGGCAAGCUGUGGUAUCUGUGGACCAAGUGACAGGGAAAGAGGUGGAUGAGUUCCUGCCUCAGAAGAGAUCGCGCCUGUAUGGCCUCACCACCUCGUACCCACAAUGCCCUCAAGCUGACAGAAACUACUGCUCGAGCAAUAAUGGCGGCUGCUCACACUUGUGCCUGCCGCGGCCGGGCGGCUUCUCCUGCCGCUGCCCUAGCGCCCAGGACCCCACAUGCACCGACCGUACCAUCUGACAACACUUGAGCGAUGGACACUCGGGUGUAUUGACAAGACGGUGACAAAUCAACACCUGUGACACAUGAUUCAAGGACAAAAACAUUGUGUAUUGUAAUUAGAGAGUGAGAGAGAUCAUCCAUUUGCUAUCAGCCAUUAAACCCUGCCCCCAUCACCUGGGACUCUAAAGAUGUGACCUAGUAAAGU